UGAGGUUAAGUUUUCAUUGUUUACUCCGUUAUCUUCUGCCGAACUCUUGAUUGGAUAUUUAAUUGUUAAAUUAAUUUUCAAAUCAAUCCUAAAAUUAUGGCUCUUGUGUUGAAAAACUCGAGUGCAGCUUUGAAUCAACAUAGUUUUUCUCCAUACGCUGAUAACGGAGGGAGUAUAGUAGCUGUAGCAGGGGACGAUUAUGUUGUUAUAGCUUCUGAUUCGAGGUUAAGCACUGGAUAUUCUAUUUAUACAAGAGACCAAUCUAAAUUAUUCAAGCUCUCCAACGAUUCCGUUCUUGGAUGUUGCGGUUGUUGGUGUGAUGUUCUCUCUCUCACUAAGUUACUUGAAGCUAGAAUGCAGAUGUACUUACAUGAGCAUCAGAAAGUGAUGUCAACCCCUGCAAUCUCGCAGAUGUUAUCCACCAUGCUUUACUAUAAACGUUUGUUCCCGUAUUAUAUCUUGAAUAUCCUAGCUGGUUUUGAUAAUGAUGGCAAAGGAGUUGUGUACAGCUAUGACCCCAUUGGCAAUCUUGAAAAGAGCAAAUUCAAAGCUGGAGGAUCUUCCGGCGCUCUUUUGCAGCCUGUGUUAGAUAAUCAGUUGGGACUCUCGAAUAUCAAGGAAAAACCUGAAGCUAUAACUCUGGAGAAAGCUCUUAAUGUCGUAAAAGAUGCUUUCAUUUCAGCAACAGAGCGAGACAUUUACACGGGUGACAGCAUCAUCAUCAACAUUAUAACCCGUGAAGGCAUUCGAGAAGAAAAGCUUGAACUUAGGAAAGAUUAAUUUCACAAUAAUUUGUAUUUUUUGUUUAUAUAACUAUGGCCCCCUUUUUUAAAUACAUUUUUUCACAUUUAAUGUUAUCUUGUAAAAUAUUUUCAAGGUUGGAAAAGUAAAAUUUUUAUAUCAAGGA